AUGCGUUUUACUACCUCCCUUUUCGCGGCUACCCUCGCCGCAGCCCACGUUAUCGAUCAGGCUCCUCGGGAUGCUAUGAUCACGCCUGCACCCGUACUAAAGGGGCGUCAGUCGUGGCGAGACUCCCUCUCGUCGGCACUCGCCCAAGCUAGCUCAGCACAAGCUCGUGCCAGCUCCAUCGCACAACAAUACGGAGGAAGCGGAGCAGAAUGGCGGGGAGCCGAAAGCUCCGCUUUAGCGACAGCCAGCUCAGCUCAAGCCGCGGCAAGCAGCAUCGCUGCGCAGUAUGGAAAACGCGAGCUUGAUGGACGCCAGGUUUGGGAAGUCGCUGUAUCCGAGGCCGAGGCUGCCGCAAGCCAGGCUGCCGCGUCAGCCAGCAGCUUUGCCGCUGAUUACGGAAAACGUGAUGACCACGUCCUCGAUGCCCGUCAAGCCUGGAAGGAGGCGCAGUCCGCGGCCGAGAAAGCCGCCAGUGAAGUGGUUGCGAUAGCAAACAGCAUCGCGGGCGACUUCGGCAAACGCCAGGACUGGCAAUCAGUAGUCAACUCGGCCGAAAGCCUCGCAAACUCGUGGGGUAGUGCCGGACAGUCGAUCGGCAACUCGUGGGCUUCCGUCGGAUCCGACAUCGCUAGCUCUGCCGAGAACUUUGGCCAGUCAGUUGCCAGCGAUGCUCAAGGCCUCGGGUCUUCUAUCGCGAGUAGUGCUGAGGGUCUCGGGGGUUCCAUCGCGAGCAGUGCUGAGGGUCUUGGCUCCUCGAUCGCAAACAGCGCGCAAAGCCUUGCUACAUCAGUAGUCAACAGCAUUGAGAGCGUAGCUUCUACUGCCGCUGACGCCGCUCUAUCAUCUGCUAGCGCCGCCGUCGCCAGCGCUGAGAGCGUUGCCUCUACCGCCACCGGUACCGCUCAAGCAGCUGCCUCAUCCGCCGUCGAAAGCGCACAUUCCGCUGCCUCCGUCGCAUCAAGCGCCGCAUCAGCAGCUUCUGAGACAGCGAGUGCCAGUGCCGGUCCUAACACUAACGCCGCCCCGGGUACUAUCGAAUUAUCAUCAUCGCUGCUAAGCAUGUCUGUCGCAGCUUUUGCCGUUCUCUUAGGAGCUGCUCUAUUGUAA